GAUUUCAGUCGCAAAAAAAAGACAUCAGCUGUAAUUUCACUGAUAGUUGUUAUCACUUCUGCACUUUGGUCUAUUUACAGAGCAGUAUAAUCUUUUAUGUAGAUUUUUGUGAAAUGUUGCAUCGUCAUAAAUUCAGUGGCCAAAUUGCUUUGGAUUUUAGAAAUGCGCGAGCCCGCCAACCAGAAAUUGUCCGGUCCGUGCAAAAGGAUUCCAGGUAUACGGAUGAACUUGCAGAAGAUCUUUCGGAUUUACUUCGCUUGACCGGGUCGCGUAGCUGGAUAAAGUAUCAUCAGUUGUGUAAGCUCUUUGCUGAAAUCACGUAUCAUGGAUUUGCUUCAAUUAAUAAUUUACAAACACUUGGCGAGGAAUACACAGGAACUAUUCAAGUGGAUAGCGCUUACAUGAACAUUCCGUCACGUUUGCUUCAGCUGGUUUCCAUUAUAUUUGAAUUUGGUGGAGAUGCUUUGUAUUUGCGAAUUUUACAGAAAUUGGAAAAAUCCAUUAGGGAUAACGAUGAAAUGGUACCAGAGGCAAAGCAGAAAUUACUAACAGCAAUCCACGUUAUGCGUUCCUCACCACAAUACAUCAAAGCGUUGCAUAAGUCGCUCUUCUACCUACGCUCUAAUAAAUACCAAAUUUCGAAGCGCUUCACAGGCAUAAAUUAUGUGCUGAUACGUCAUUGGCUGCAGCCUGAUUUUUCCUUAUACGGCUACAAAUUACUUGGUGUUGUAACAUUUUUACAAGUUACCCUAUCAUUAGUAAUAAACGCAUAUGAAGCAUGGAAGGAACAUCGAAGAAAACAAAAGGAAGUAGUUACUGGCACUACAAGACCUUUACUCAGCACAGAUCAAGGUAUUGAGGAGCGUAAAAAAUCUGAUGCGCCACAGUGUAUCCUUUGUUUGGAGCCACGCAUUAAUACGAGCUUGACACCGUGUGGUCAUUUAUUCUGUUGGAACUGUUUAUUGGAUUGGCUAGACGAACGAGAUGAAUGUCCGCUGUGUAGAGAGAAAUUAAAAAAGUCUAGUAUAGUACAGUUGCAAAACUACCAAUAGCUUAAGUGUGAGUGGGUUUGAGUCAUGAUUCACUGAAUCACGGGUUUGAGUUACAUAUUUAUGUAUGUGGGGGACCAAGGCGAAUUUAAUAUUUAAUUAAAUUCUCAUUUUGAGGGAUUAUUGUGAAUAAAAUCUAUUAUUGUUAUUUUUGUAAU